ACAUAAGUAUAGUUUUCACUUGGCACAUUUUAUUUUAUAUAAAAAAUAACAAUAAAAAAGAGCCCUCCCUCUCUCUCUCUCUCUCUCUCUCUCUCUCUUCUAUCCUCUUCUCUUCUCUUCUCUCUCUCAUCAGCCAGAACACAUUGAUAGGGGCAAGUUUCUGGUAGAGCAAGGCAGCGCUUGGAGGCUGAAUUGGUGUUUGUUUUUUCAUACAGAAAGAGGACAGCUCACCUUCCCUUCCAACAGGUCCCAAUUAGCUUUUCUCCUUCUCACUUCUCACCAACAAAAAACAAACUUUUUAUUCCCUUCUCUCUCUCCCCCUCCUCUUCUCUUUCUCUCUCUGUCUGUGGGAAAGUAGAGAGGAAAGAAAAUCAAUUUGAAGUGGAGAUCAUGGAGAUCUCUCUGAUCUCUCCAGCGGUAAGAGGGACGCAAGUUUCUCCCUGCCUCCACAAAUUUUUCCUUUUAUUUCUCCUCCAUUCGUACCUGUAAAUUCAGCUUCCAACCCCGACUUUCUGCCUCCCAAACCUCUCCUUCUCCCUGUAAACCGCUUUUUGUUUUGGUUUUUUUUUUUUUUCCCUGUAGUUAUUGGAAAUAAAUUCCCAGUAAUCCCUUUCAGUUCCACCAAAAUUUCCCAAUAUCAGAAAACCCUUUCCCUAUAAUACAGUUAAAUUCACCUUCUUUUUAGAAUUUCUGCACAAAUUUUUAUAGCUGUUGUACAGAUCAGUGUAUUAUUUGUAUUUUGUUGAGUUUUGGGCAAUUGGGUCUCCGAAGAAUCGCCCGACACCCAUGUCGCCUGUCUGGGUUGAGCCAACAUUGCCGGAAUCAUCGUUGGCGGCGUCUUCGAAGCCUGAAUGUGAAUCGCCAAGAUCCGUUGGCGAGGAUCGGCGUUUUGUUCAUCUCAGAGGCGUACAGUGGAGAAUAAAUCUUGGGAUUUUGCCAUCUUCUUCGUCUUCAAUCGAUGAUCUUCGCCGGGUGACGGCUGAUUCUAGGAGGAGAUAUGCUGGUUUGAGAAGGCGUCUCUUAGUUGAUCCUCACCUUCCCAAGGAUGGAAGUAAUUCUCCUGGUCUUGUCAUGGACAAUCCACUUUCACAAAACCCAGAUAGCAUGUGGGGUCGCUUCUUUCGAAAUGCUGAGCUGGAGAAAAUGGUUGACCAGGAUUUGUCACGUCUAUAUCCAGAGCAUGAGAGCUACUUUCAGACGCUGGGAUGCCAAGGCAUGCUAAGACGAAUAUUGUUAUUAUGGUGUCUUAAACAUCCAGUGUAUGGGUACAGACAAGGAAUGCAUGAACUCUUAGCUCCUCUCUUAUAUGUUCUUCAUAUGGACGUGGAGCGUCUUUCUGAAGUUCGAAAGCUUUAUGAAGACCAUUUUACUGAUAAAUUUGAUGGUCUGUCAUUUAACGAAAGUGAUAUGAUAUACAAGUUUGAUUUGAAGAAGUUCCCAGAUUCCAUGGAAGAUGAGAUUGCGUCACAUGGAAACAUGACGAAAGUCAGCAGUCUGAAUGAGCUUGAUCCUGAGAUACAAUCCAUUGUUUUGCUAAGUGAUGCUUAUGGUGCAGAAGGUGAACUGGGUAUUGUACUAUCAGAAAAAUUUAUGGAACAUGAUGCUUAUUGCAUGUUUGAUGCUUUGAUGAGUGGGGCUCAUGGCGCUGUUGCUAUGGCAGACUUUUUCUCUCCCUCCCCUGCUGGUGGGUCUCACACCGGCUUACCUCCUGUGAUUGAAGCUUCUUCUGCAUUAUACCAUUUGCUUUCUAUUGUUGAUGCAUCUCUUCAUAGCCAUCUUGUUGAGCUUGGGGUCGAACCUCAGUACUUUGCCCUGCGUUGGUUACGGGUUUUAUUUGGACGUGAAUUUUCACUCGAAGGCCUUUUGAUAAUAUGGGAUGAGAUAUUCGCGUCGGACAAUGGUCAAUUAAGUAAAGCCCCUGAAGAAGAUGUGGCAGCUUUUGGGGUCCUUAGUUCACCUCGAGGGGCAUUCAUCUCUGCUAUGGCAGUUUCCAUGUUACUUCAUUUGAGAUCUUCCCUGCUUGCUACUGAGAAUGCAACUUCUUGUCUUCAAAGAUUGCUGAAUUUUCCAGGGAAUGUAGAUCUGAAAAAACUUAUUGAGAAGGCGAGAUCUUUGCAAGCCGUUGCUUUGGAUGCAAAUGUCUCAUCUCCUUUCCCUUCAACAAGUGCGGCUUAUGAGCGAAGUAGAUCGGUGCCUUUGAGAGCUAAUAGCCUUUCAUCUGAUUCUGUAUCACCUAAAACUCCACAAAGUUCGGUACCUGAAAGUUACUGGGAAGAGCAGUGGAGGGUUUUGCACAAGGCAGAAGAACUUAGGCACAGUGGCUCAGGAAAACAAGAUCCGACCCGGAAAAAAGGAUGGUCAGAAAAGGUAAGAUUGAGCUUAUCGAGAGCAGAAUCUGAUCCAUCUCCAGCUAAAGUUGACAGUGGCAGAAAGGAUCCCAGGUUAUCUACCAGGCGAAGUUUGCUAGACGAUUUGUCACGUGAACUUGGCCUGGAGAAAGAUAUUGAGAAAACAAGCUCUAAUGAAGUUUCAGGCCCGAAAGGCCCACUCCAUGUGGAAGUUGACAGGGACGAAAAAGGUGGUAGAAAUCAGAACUUUAAUUUUACAGCUGAGGAAAGAUGUUUGAGUGGUAAUACUGGUAGUGAAGAAAAUUCCUCUAUUUUCUCAUCCCCAACAAGUCCUUUUAGCAGAGUUAAUGAUCACGAUUCAGAGAAAAGUAGUGUUGCAUCAAAUUUAUCCCUGGAUGAAAAUGAUUAUGAAUCUAACAAUGUGGAGUCAUUGCAAACUACCACUGAUGAUUCACCGCUUCCGGUCUCAGAUCCCCCUGAGAAUGCCCUUCCAGAAUUUGAAUUUAAAAAUGAUUCUACCGGAAAACCCAUAAAUGGAUUGAAAGAACGGAAGCUCCUUCCAGGUAAAUUGCAGUGGCUUUGGAAGUUUGGGCGGAAUGCUGCUGGUGAAGGGACAUCAGAGAAAGGAGGUGCCCCUGGGGUCACAAAAUCUACCAAUGGCAGCAGUGCAUGCUCUGUAACUGAUAGGACUGAUCUUUCUUCUUUGAGCACUAAAGGAGAUGCUAUUGAUCAGAAUGUGAUGGUUGCUCUAAGGAAUCUUGGACAGUCAAUGGUUGAAAAUAUUCAGGUGAUCGAGACGGCUUUCCAGCAAGAUCGGGGUCAGGUGGGAACCUUGGAGAACUUGUCUAAAAAUGUACUGGUUGGCAAAGGACAAGUUACAGCCAUGGCUGCUCUGAAGGAACUUCGAAAAAUCAGCAACCUUUUGUCAGAGAUGUGAAGGACUUCAAUGAUGUUAACCUGUAUAUACAUUUUGUAUUUAUAUUUCUUUGAUGUGCCAAAAUAAAGUGAGUUUCUUGGGCCUA